UUGACGAUGUUAAACCAUUUAGUUACAUUAGCCAGCGCUAUAAACAACUUGUUGCAUCAUUUAUGAAUGAUGGGAAUAUUAGGAAAGAAUUUAAUUGUUUAUUGAAUUUUUGAAAAAUAAAAAUACUACAUAAUGUUAUUAGUGUAAAAAAGUUGACUUGUUAUUUCAUGUAGUUUAAAUUGGAUAAAAAAGGGUUGAAGUUGUGAUAAAUGCAUCUGCAGAAAUAAAAAGUGAAAGGAUUAAAGAGAAAUUAAAGCUAUAGAUAUAAAGAGAAGUUUGUUUGUACAAGGAUAUAGCCAUCACAAGCAGGAACAAGAUACAGAAGAGAAAUAAAGUGUUGGAACCUUUGCCUCUUUCAUGAUGGAACAUUGGCACAAGUAGGCGACCUGUCAACAGGGGCGUGUUAUUUCUUCUAACAAGGAUCUAUACAUUCAAAAAAAUCAGGACCGUUUACAAGCAGUGUCAAACAAAGUUUCAGAGUGUGGUAAUCUGAAGUAGUACAAGAUCGAGGAAGGUUUAAAGCAAGGGCGUACAGCAAAAUCUGGGAGGGAAAUUAAGACAGAGCAGCUGAUAAAAGAAUCAGUUUUUGAACAAAUUUAAUGAAAGGUUACAAGAUAAAACAGUGGCAAUUUUUGAAGAUCUAACAAAGCUGACAUGUCUCCAUUAGCAAGCAAGUGUUCUGUUGAAUUGAAACAUAGACAUAGGCUUUAAACCUGUAAACAUAUAAGUAGAUUUUUAUUUCCCUGGAAUUACAGGAAUUACAAAAUCUACUGGCUGUAUCCUUGUUGAAGAAUUCAAGAUUUGUACUGUUGUAAAAAUAAGAUAAAAAAAUAUAAAAAUCACUGCAUUGAUGUAAGAACAGGAAGUGUCGUUUUGAAAAAGAAAAAAAAAGAGAAGAACUUCAACAAACUGGCAAUAUACAGGAUUACUUUGAGUUGAUUAGAUUUUUAUUGGUGAAAGAGUAAGAUUAUAUAGUUAUAUACAAUAAUUUAACAAAACAGAAGAAUGGAGAUUUAUGGAUUUAUACCUUUGUUAAUCACACUGGUGAUGAAUUAUACAACUGGACAUAGAGUCUUCACAAAAGAUGAGUUAAAAGAUGUGUACAAAUAUUUUGAUGGCUCUGGUUGUCCGGGAGACGCACGUAACUUUGUUGCAACUAAGAAGAAAUAUUUCCGAUAUUUAGAGAGGAGUCAUAAGGAUCCAAAUAUUUUAUAUGUUGGUGCCAUGAAUAAUGUGUAUAAAAUUGACAUGACUGAUAUGAGCUGUUUGAACUAUAACGAGUCAAGACCUACCAAUGACACUAUCAGAAGAUGUUAUAUACAGGGAAAAGAGAAGGAUGUAGAAUGCCAAAACCAUAUACGUGUUGUUAUGGAAAUGCCUGACAAACUUUUAGUAUGUGGUACAGGCGGCUACGCUCCAAUCAAAUAUCAUCUGACUCGUGAAUCUUUUAGCUACAAAGACCACUUACAAAUCAAUGAGACAUCUAACGGAGUGGCAUACUGUCCUUUUGAUCCGUGGGAUAACUACACUGCAAUCCUUAUAUCUGAAGGAAAUCCAGGUGAUCAAGUUGUGCCAUACUUCGGCACAUACACCGACUUCAUAAAGAGUUCUCCUGUAUUCUAUAGACCCAAGUUUGAAGGUCGCACAAAUGGUGUAUCAUACUCAGAGAAAACCACUGACCGAGAAGAAAUCGGCUGGUUAAAUUCACCACAAUUUGUUGGAUCGUUUGAUGACGAGGAGAAAGUAAUAUUUUUCUUCCGAGAGACUUCAGUAGAGAACAAGAUAAACAGAAAUAAAAUCUACUCUAGAGUGGGAAAAGUUUGCAAGCAAGACCUUGGUGGAGGGUUUAAUGAAAUGGCAACAAAGACAAAGUGGUUAUCCUUCCAGAAAGCCAGGCUGAUUUGUUCCCUACCAGGAACCUCUCCACAUUAUUUUGAUGAUAUAUAUGAUGUUUAUCAGACUGGGGACUAUUUUUAUGCUUUAUUCUAUAAACAAAAGUAAGUUAUUGCUGUUUAUAUGUACAUUUUAUACUGCAAUUAUGGUCACCUUGGCACACGUAUUUACAAAAA